AUGCAGUUCUUCUUCCCCAGGCAGCAUCGACACUACAAGCUGGCCUACUGGUUGAUGGCCGUUGAAUUUCCCUUUGUGGUCGUUGUUCUGACUCUGACGGGAAUUGCAUCGCACAAUACGUACCGGACAUUACUUUGGCAGGAUGGUGCCGACAACGGCUUCAACAGCGCUCCUGAUGAAGCGCUAUACGCCGCCGCUAACCACCGGCCCUAUUCAGCGCCCAUGGUGUGGUCAUCGUUCAUCACAAAUUUCAAUCUAGUGAUUGGUGUUCUAAGCACAUUCAUGCUGAUUGUCAAGCUACCCCUCCAUGCUCUGCAUCUGUUCUUCCCCCCCAUCGCAGCGGCGACCCACGGUGCCCUCUUAGUACUCUACAUCGUGGCAGCUCGAUAUCAAGCUGGGAGCGACACAUCAGAUCCACAGCAUCCACAGCUAGGAUCUCCAUGGUAUAUUACGAAAAGCUGUAGCGUGGCUGCACACAAGUCGAAUCUUGGAUAUUGCAUGCAAGCCAAGUCGCUCUUUGCAAUCACUGUGAUUGUCAUUGUGUUAUAUGCCGUCGAUUUCGGAAUCAGCAUUCACUCCUGUUUCAUCACAAAAGAAGAAAAAGAGAAGGUCUUGGAGUUAAGAGAGGAGAAGCGCGUGGAAAAGGAGUUUGAGGAAGAAAUCUUGAAAUCGCCAAGCAUGGUCCCUAUGUCGGCACCUGGGAUGAUUCCUCGAACCCCCGGGUUUCCUCCGAUCGCCUCUUCGCCCGUCGUGAGACAUGGGGCUCCGAUAUCGCCAUUCACACCGCGUCAUUUGGCCUUCAAUCGCCUCGGAAGUGGUAGUACAUCGUCCGAUCUGCCAUUAAGGGACAAUGGCAGCAUGCCAAGCCCUCAAAUACCAUAUCAACCGCCAACAACAGAGGCCCAGGGGUCAUCAAGUCAACCGAUGUACUUCCCGCCACCGCCGAAGAAGGCAACAAAGAAUUAA